AUGGUGUUCAAAUUAUCUCCAUUGGCGCCAAUAGCCCCGCCACUCACCCCCGCAUUCCCCAACUAUGACACGACGAGCGGCCAUCUCCACGAACGACACUCUCCGCAACCUACUUACGGUUACACUACUCGGACAACCUCGCCUCCUCCGAUGAACCCUACAGAUCCUCGCAGGCUCCCUCCCCUCACGACGUCGUCGAGCCCUGGUGGCGAUCGAUGGCAACAGUCGGCCAACUACAACCAUGGUAUGCCCGCUGUCCAUGGCUACCCCUCCGGCAAUAGCAUUCGCUCGCCGACUGCGAGCUACCCUUCGCAGUAUGUUACCUAUCCCAGCGGUAACCAAGGUACUUACACCUAUAUGUCAACAUACGAUCCGCUCGCGAUGACCCCCCAAGGCCAACAAGGCCUCUUUGACGAUAUCGACUCUGUCGGACUCCAACAACCUCGAUCAACCUCGCCUUAUGGGCGUACCCAUGCCCAAACGCAGUUGUCUUCUACCAAUUUCACCCCUCCACCGGUAUCGCCCAUUUCCCCGGAGGAGCCCACCAUCAAGAAAAAGCGCAAGCGUGCCGACGCUGCUCAGCUCAAGGUCCUCAAUGAGACCUAUGCCCGCACCGCUUUCCCAUCCACGGAAGAACGGCAGGCCCUUGCAAAGCGUUUGGACAUGUCGGCCAGAAGUGUUCAGAUUUGGUUCCAGAACAAGCGGCAGUCGAUGAGGCAGACGAACCGCCAAUCGUCUACCGUUUCGUCUUCUGGCCAUCAACAGCAGUACGCGCUGCAGAGCUCUCACAACGAGAGGUUGUUGGACGAUGGGACCCAUGGAUCUUCUUACGGCGGCUCUAUCACUUUGUCGGAGACCCCUUACAUGACAGGAAGCUCUGUGCAAGACGCGAUGACACGUUCACAUACCUCCCUUUCAUCUUCUGCGCAUCGCCGAGUGCGAGGCCCUGAAGAAGACGCUCAACGGUGGCCUCGCGGUUACUGA